GUAAGUGAAAUGAGUUCUGCAGUCAAUGUCUUCAAUCAUCACUCAUUUGAUCCAUCGAUCGAUCUCUGGAUCAGAUGAAUGUGACAUCACAUUAGAGACACCGAAUUAGACACAUAUAGCCAUCGGACCGAUGAUAAUGGCCUCGCGUUGGUCCACAUCACAGCUGAUCGCAGAGUAUAAGGACUUACAGGCGGUGUGUCUGGCCAUCAGCGGCGACGGCUGGUGCGCUCUGUCCUCCCGGCGGUCCAUAUCUCUCAUCAAUUGCGAUACACCCGAAGUGAUCGACCAUUGGAUCAAACGGGAGACCAAAUGGGACGCAAAGGCCACCGAAUUUAAUCCGUUGGACAACAAUCUGUUGGCCGUCACUAACGCACAGACCGUUCAGAUCUAUAACAUCGACGCCAACACCAGAAAGGUUCCAAUGAAGCCGGCCGUGGACUCGAGCGUCGGACGCAACGGACUUAAUGGGACCCAAUUGCAGACCCUUCGGGGCCACACGCGUACCAUCACUGACCUGAACUGGUCGUACAGCGACGCCCACGCGUUGGCCACCGCUUCCUAUGACAACAAUAUGCAUAUCUGGGACGUGAGGGACGGCCGGCGGCCGCAGUUGUCGAUGAGUUCUGUGGCGGGCGCUACGCAAGUGAAGUGGUCGCGUGCGAGCGAACACACUCUGGCCACCAGUCAUGAGGGCGACGUCCGGGUGUGGGAUCGGCGCAAGAAUAACAUUCCCGUCCACUAUAUUACCGCCCAUUUGUCCAAAAUCAAUGGUCUCGACUGGAAUCCCAACAUCGGCUCACAGUUCGCCACUUGUAGCCAAGACGGCACCGUUCGGUUCUGGGAUUUGACGACAUUUAAAGGUAAACCCGAUAUCAUACUGACCACUGGUCUGCCCGUCUGGAGGGCCAGGUUUACGCCUUUUGGCAACGGACUGAUCACCGCAUUAGUGCCACAACUUCGCCGAACGGGCGAAAACAACUCCCUCUGGAUGUGGUCUAUGGACUGUUUCGAUCAGCCGUUGCACUCGUUUGUCGGCCACUUGGAUGUGGUGCUGGACUUCGGUUGGCAUAACCGGAAUGGCAACGAUUACGAUCUGAUCACAUGGUCUAAAGACAACAGUCUUCGGGUGUGGAAAGUGGACUCACAGAUACUGACCCUUCAGAAUGAGGACAACUGCGAGUUCAGCGCCGACGACAUCAACGAUAACCAGAGCUCUACCGACUCGGCCAACGAUACCGAGUUGAGCGCAGCGGCGGCCGCGCGGCUCCGGCGGCCAAAUACGUUGGACAUUAGCCCAACGUAUAACAAGAGUCCGUCGGAUCAGUUUAAGAGAGCGGCGGCCGGUUAUCAUGUGUUAUCGUCAGCGGCGGACACCGCGAAGAAACCGCAAACACCCGAAACGCCUGUCAAUAGUUUGACGCAAGAGUUCGCACAACUGAACGUCAAUAUACCUAACGUCCAGAUCGAGGAAUUGAAUGCCACGAAACGGGUCUGCAUUAUAACGGCCACCACUUCCGUGUCGUGUCGGCUGAAGAUGUUAUUCCCCGCCGAUUAUCCCAAUCACUCGGCGCCGCACUUCUCGUUCCUGACCAGCGCUACGGCGCCGUCCGAUGACGUCAAACGGGAUCUGUUGAAAGUACUUCACACCACAGCUUACCUUCAGGUGAAACGCAAUCGUAUGUGUCUGGAAGCGUGUCUUCGGCAGUUCAUUACAACACUGGAACGGCUGACGGGCUCAUCGCCGGCCCUAUUGUACGCCACACGACUGGAACCGAUCUCUGGGCUAAUACCCAGCCGUCAUUACGGCGGCUAUUUGGACGCUUCGGUACCCUUUCCGCGCACUUCUGGCGCGCGUUUCUGUUCCGGAGAGCUAUUGGUGUGUUUCGGACGUCCGCCACAUUUGGAACAAAUGAACGCUCCGACCGAAUACACGCCCCGAUCGCUGAGCGCUUUGGACUCAUUCCUGUCCGCACUUCACAGACAGAGCGCCGCUCAGACCAAUCAGAUUACGAGUCCACUCGUGCCGUCGAUUUCGUCCUUUUAUUUUGACUCCUCUCGACAUAAGCGCACCAAAAGUCGAUCGAAACGCUCGCAAACGGAUCCCAAAUCGGUGGCCAACAAACACAGCAGCAGUAACUGCGGCCCAGUGUUUGUCUUCUCGGCGGCCGGUCUGUUGCCCAUCAGCCGUGUUUUGGCGGAGAAUUACGCGGUGAAGGCCAAUGGGGGUGACAUCGUUGCCAUGUGUGAGACCAACGCCAAAGUGGCCAACACUUUCGGCCGCCGGGACUUGUGUCAGACGUGGAACCUCUUGAAGCUGAGCGCAGAGAUCUAUCUGAAGAGUCUGAACAGCGCUAACAUAAUGGACACGCCGUGGGCUUUGCAUCCGUUCGGCAAAAAGAUGGUUCAAUCGCUCAUUGAUCACUCGGUUCUCAAAUGCAAUGACAUUCAGACGGCGGCAAUGAUUGCCUGCACUUUCCAUACGACAGAUACCAAAUCAAAGUUACCGCCCAAACAAUCGCAGCCCGGAAUCGCCAAUAAUUCGCCGGGAAGUUCUCCCUAUCAUACCGUCUGUUCCACAAUACAGGCGCCAAACACUCCCGAAACGUACGGCGAUUGGAGUCUCAUCUCAGCGGUGGAGAGCCUGAAGAGGACGCGGUCUAACAGUUGGUCCGAUUUUGCCGAAAACGAGGCCCUCAUCUCGGGUCUGGUCAACAGCGCUAACAACAAUCAUAACGACAACUUUGCCCAACAGUUAGAGCUCGAGGCCCACGAAAACAACACUAAGAUGUUGGAGCCGAAGCUGCAGUUCCAGUACGACUGCUAUAAACAAAUCUACGCCGAUAUCCUCUAUCGGUGGCAACUGAUGGAAAAGCGGGCACUCAUUCUGAAGAGCUGUCUGACCGUCAAUCAGAGCCAACUGUUUCACGUGGGCAUCGAUUUUGUGACCGAAUGCCAGAACCCGUACUGCGAGAAGCGGUACAACACGUGUCGCGGGCCGUAUUGCGGACACUGCAAGACACCGACCCUCAAGUGCGCGAUCUGUCGUAUGCCAGUGCGCGGCGCUGUCAACCACUGUGUGGUGUGCGGUCACGGCGGACACACCGUUCAUAUGUACAACUGGUUCGCCGAGUCUGACCAGUGCCCCACCGGUUGCGGCUGUUUUUGCCUCCAGAAUAAUCAUAAUAUAUUCGCUUAAAUUCUGUUGUUAUACUUAUUAUACGCUUAUGUUUUGCACUCUAUUAUUGUGUAUUUAUUUAUGGAUUUAAUCAUCGAUUUUGUAGAAUUUGUAAAUAUAUUUAUUUAAAUUUUGAACUAUAUUAUGAUUGAGAUUAUUGUUACUCGAGUUAAUUAUA